UUACAUUGGGGUGCAGCGUGUUUAGUGUAUAGGCUCACAUACGUGUUUACACGCUAGACGUAAGCAAGAACACACAUACAAACUGAAGGCUAGGGAUAGAUGCCAACAUUUGAUACAUCUGGGUUACAAAGAUAAGCCAAGGGAAUCGCUGGAGGAACGAUACCGGGAUACAUAACUCUCUGCCACCAUGUUUUAUUACCCCAAUGUGCUGCAGCGCCACACCGGCUGCUUCUCCACCAUAUGGUUGGCUGCAACACGUGGUGCUAAGAUUUUAAAACGAGAAUACAUGAAAGUGAAUGUGAUCAACACGUGCCAGAAGAUCAAGGAGUACAUUCUCCAGCAAGUCCCAGCUCCAUACAUAGGUUCUGACGUUCCUCGACUCUCACUGUACCUGUCUGCACAGCUGAGCUAUGGAGUGGUUUGUGUUUACCACCGCCAGUGUGACCUGCUUAUAGAGGAGAUAAAGAGCAUUCUGGAACGCUUGCAUAGGGCAGAGAAGCAAUUGAAGAUCGAUUUAUUGCAGCCUGAUCAACAGGUUCUACUUCCUGAUCCUCUCAGAGUCAUGGAGAUGUUGGAAAAUGCCCCUGAUCCAUUCUUUGGAAUGAUGGGGAUUCCCCCUGAACUCCCUGAUCCACUGAUGAUCCCUCAGAUUCGCUCGCUUUUGGAAAUGCCAAGCCCUGAAAUCAGCAGAAGGGAGAAAACCCCGCCAAGAUUGAAGAGAGCAAGAAAAGAAGAUGUUGACCAUGUGACGUCACCAGAAAGUAUAACUCUGCGAGAAGUGGAACUGGUGGCCAUGCCAGAAAUGGAGGUUGUCCCUGAUAUCCCAGAAGUGAGUGUCCAUGAUUUGGAGUUUUUUAUGUCUGAUCUCCCUCCAUUCCCACAAGAGGAUGUCGUACCCGAGCCACGAUUGAGAGAGACAAUCAAACCAGAUAAGGAGCCAAAAGAGAAGCCAAAGGAAAGAGAGGAGAAACCCAAAGAACCAGUUAAAAUAGAUGUUCAGCUGGAAGAAGUAGAGCGAGAAAGAGAGCGUCUCCUCAAGUCAAUUUUGAGAGAAAGAGAGAUUCUCUGGGAAGCAGAGAGAGAAAGAAUGAGAGAGAUACAGCGCAAAAGGGAAAGCGACUACCAAAAAAUGAUGGCAAGAGACAAAGAACGCCUGAGAAAAGCUUUAGAAGAAAUAAAGCGCCUCAAGGAAGCUGGAGCCGAGAGUGAAUUGGUGAAAGAAAAAAUAAAAGAAAUAGAGCGUUUAAAAAAUUUACUGAAGAAAAGAAAAGAGGAAUGGGAGGCUGAGAGAUUAAGAGAACAGCUCAGAGAGAGUGAAAGAGAGAGAGAGCAUAUGCAAGAGACACAGCGGGAUCGCGAGCGGCUAGCAGAGGCAGAAAGGGAGAUUGCACGUCUUAGAAGAAUCCUUGAAGAGAGAGAACAGGAGAAGAAGCCUUUUGAAGCUGAUGAGUCUGCUGAUGUUGUACGCAAGAUGGAAGCUGAAACAUUAACAGUCAAACUAUCUCCUACUACACGUCUUCGAGAAGAGACAAUCCCAGAGCUUGAAGGUCCUAUUCUUCUGGAUGAAACUACAGGACAGCCAAUCUUAUUUUUCCCAGAAAUAAGCUCAGAGCGAUCCCCUCUGUUAGUCUCGCCUCUGCUUCCCCCUACAGGUCCCAGCAGUCCUCAGCUGAUGCUGCCGGAAGUUGAUGUCUCCCAGCCCUCUGUUCCCUUGCAUGUUGUGCGAGAAAGCCAUCUUAUUAUAGACAAAGUGACCCAGAUUGACCGUAAAAAGAUGGAGGAGCAGAUUAAGAUGCCACAUUUACUAACAAAGGAAGCGGUGCCUGUGGCAAUUCCUCACAAAAACCUUAGGACUCUAGAAACUCUUUUCAACCGUCCAACCUACCCGCACUGGAUGGCUCCAGAACUGUCCGCAUUGUGGACUCGUGGUGCCAUGUUAGAACAAUUACCUUACACAGAGGAAAGCGAAGAGGAAACCAUGAGUGAAUUAGAGGUUGUCCGCGCAGUCACAGAAUCGGGAAUCAGCGCAUUAAUAUCGUCAGAAAUGUCAUUGGAGGUGUCCGAGGAGGAGCGUUCUCGGCCUCUUCACAUAACCCCUGAGGAGAGAAGGGCUAUCUCAGCCGAAGGUGAAAGGUUUCUUCCUAUAGUUUCUGAAAUGCCAGAGCUCAUCGUGGAAUUGCCUGAGACAGAUGAAGUUGUGAUGGAAGAUUUGCAAAGGAAGUUAUUUUCUGACAUCGAUAACCUCGGACAGUCUGAGUUUCUCAGUCUAACCCCUCGGUCGCUGUCUCGCUUGCUGGUCUCCAGAUUCUUUUACAGCUGCCUCGUGCUCUGCACACAGAGAAUCAUCCGCUUGGAGCAGGCUGAACCGUACGGACAGAUUCUCAUCACACCCGGUGAGCAAUAUGCGCACAAGUGAAGGCGUCAUGUCAUCCACCCGAACGUUUGUACCAAGCUUCAACCACCAAGUCUCAUCUUCAGAAGAGCACGUUUACAUUCUGUAUGGCAAUAAAUUCAGCUCUGCAUGUUAAUGACCAA